CUUAAUGGAGGCUAAUAAAUCUUCUGUCAAUACUGCCUGUCGAGACCCUACCGCGUCUCUGUUUUGUUUUUUGAUGACAUUCUACCGGGUAACAUACACGUGCUCAAAAACACAUCUAUCAUAACAAUACUCUCUCGCGUACCUCCAUGAUUCGCUGGCGCAAGUAGGCCUAUCAGGUACCCGUGAAUUUCGUGUCAACCACGACAGCCAAUAAGAGUGUCGAAUUUUUUUGUAAAAGCACCAAAGUUCUUCUGUCUUUGAAAGACAGAUAGAAGACAAAAAAAGAUCUAUAUUUCUUUCUUCUUCGUCUUCUUUGUUUUUCAUCACUUCGAAGAAAAUGGAGAACGAGAGCGACAACGAUUUCGAGGUGGAUUAUUCUAUCGAACAAACAGAGCGAGCGCACGGUGACGUCCUUGUCGAUUCGGCGUCGGGGAAGAGGGAGGAUCUCGCGCAGCCGAUGCGACAAGCACCUCUACCGGUGGCACAGCCAGGGCCACGGCCACGGCCACAGCCACGGCCAAUUACUGAGUACCCUCCAGCGGACGAAGAACGAAAUUAUCAACGCCGCGGAAAUCGUGCCGGAAGAAGGGCACGGCAAAAUUAUGCGGAAGCUUUUCUGUGCCGCAUGCUAAGAAAAUUAGCAAGUCAAGGGCCCUGUCGGGCAAGGGGUCGAGGCGGCAGGCGAGGCGGCGGACGAGUUGGCAGCUAA